AUGGACAUUUCGUUGGCGUACCCGCUCUAUUUUGCAUCGAGGGGGCACGGCAUCAUCAAACAAUCAGACGGCACCGAGACGCUGCACGUCGUCACCUCAAAGGUCUACAUAUCUGGCCUCGGCGCCGACGAACAGCUUGGCGGCUACUCUCGCCACCGACGAGCCUUCGAACGCGCUGCUUGGACCGGCCUUCAUGAAGAGAUCCAGAUGGAUCUUGAUCGCAUCCCCCUCCGUAACCUCUCCCGAGAUGAUCGUGUCAUCUCGUCCCACGCCCGAGACGCCAGGUAUCCUUACCUUGACCUUGGGUUCAUCAAGUAUGUCUCAUCGUUGCCCAUGUGGCAAAAGUGCAACUUCGCCCUCGGACCUGGACACGGUGACAAGCUCCUUAUUCGGCUUGCGGCGGAACAGUGUGGCCUGUCCCUCACCAGUCACCGCGUCAAGCGAGCAAUGCAGUUUGGUACCAAGAGUGCCAAGCUGCAGGAGUCACGACCCCGAGGCUUCAAUGCCGGAGCACAGGUUAUCCAGGAAGGGACAUAA